AUGAAGUUCUUCGAAAACAAGUUCACCUACGACUAUUCCUUUCCUGCCGUUUCUCUCGCCUACUUCCUCCGCUACCCUAACCCCUACUCGCGCCAUGUCCUCACAACUGAUGUUAUCGAUCGAUACGUCGACCCAAACACCCAGCGUCUUCACACUAUCCGCAUCCACCUGAAGAAAUCCAAGGUCCCUUCGGGUAUCCUUAAGCUACUACCAAAGGGAAUGGGCGGCUCCGACAACUCCGGCCAGAGCUACAUCCUCGAAAAGACCGUCGUGGACCCCAAAGAAGGCUGGAUGGAGACCGAGUCGCGCAAUAUGGAGUGGACUGGUAUCCUCAGCGUGGUCGAGAAGCAACACUACCAGCGAUUAUCCUCCGAAGACCGUCUCGCCCUGGAUGGCUUGGCUGUUGACAAGAUCUCCGAGCAGACCACGGUCAAGACCACUGUGACCUUCAUCUCCAGACUCGGCCAGGGCAAGCUCCUCGGACGCAAGAAGCAAGACACAGUCGGCUACCCCGCUGAUACCGAAGAAGAAGCUCCUCGCAAGGGAUUCUUCUCUUCCUUGUCCACUGCUGGUAUCCAGCGCACUAUCGAACUCAUCGGACUCAACCGCACCCGCGAGGCCGUGCUGAAGAGCAAAGAGGGCAUGAACAUCGUUCUCGAGCGACUCCGCAGUGGUGGUGUCGUUGGUGUUCUGGAGGGGAUGCGUCAGGACCGCGAGGCCGCCUUCGGGCCCGAAGGUCCAUGGAAGCGCGUCUGGCUCCAGGGUAAUGGCAAGGAUCGUUCCAUCGAAAAUGACGGCAAAUAA